UGUUACUCCUUCACACCACACACUAACAAAAAUAAGCUCUUACACUUCAUUCUAAACUGCCAAAGUUUCUGUUUUCUCUCUGAAACAUGUUUAAGAACAUCAUCGACGCUGUCACUGGCGGAGGCGACAUGCAGAACCACCGCCAGACAGUGAAAGGGACGGUGGUGCUCAUGAAAAAGAACGUGUUGGACUUCAACGAUUUCAGUGCUUCCCUCCUCGAUCGCCUUCAUGAGUUUCUCGGAAAACGAGUCUCUCUCCAACUCAUAAGUGCCGUCAACGCUGAUAAUCAUGGAAAUGGGCUGAAGGGGAAGCUAGGUAAGGCUGCAUACUUGGAAGAUUGGAUCACCACAUUCACACCAUUGACAGCAGGAGAAGCAGCAUUCACAGUUACUUUUGAUUGGGACAAUGAGGAGAUAGGAACACCAGGUGCAUUUCUAAUUAGGAACAACCAUCACAGUGAGUUUUACCUUAAAAGCCUCACACUUGAAGAUGUUCCUUCCCAUGGUGUCAUUCACUUUCCUUGUAAUUCUUGGGUUUACCCUGCUAGUAAAUAUCAAAACGACCGCGUUUUCUUCUCCAACAAGACAUACCUUCCAGCUGAAACACCAAUAUCACUGCUCAAGUAUAGAGAAGAAGAACUAGAGAAUUUAAGAGGGGAUGGAAAGGGCCAGCUCCAAGAGUGGGACAGAGUCUAUGAUUAUGAAGUCUACAAUGACCUGGGAAAUCCAGAUAAGGGUCCACAACAUGCUCGUCCAGUUCUUGGAGGGUCCACCGAAUAUCCAUACCCUCGAAGAGGAAGAACCGGUAGAGCACCAGCUAAAUCAGAUCCAAAGUAUGAGAGUAGGUUGAAUCUUGCUUUGAGCUUAAACAUAUAUGUUCCAAGGGAUGAAAGAUUUGGUCACUUGAAGUUGGCGGAUUUUCUCUCAUAUGCACUGAAAUCUAUAGUCCAAGUUCUCAAACCGGAAUUCGAAUCAAUAUUCGACAAAACCCCUAAUGAGUUUGACAGCUUUGAAGAUGUACUCAAACUAUAUGAAGGUGGACUUGAAGUGCCUGAGGGUGUAAUUAAGGUUAUUCGGGAUAAUGUUCCUCUUGAGAUGCUCAAGGAAAUUUUUCGCACCGAUGGUGAAAGGUUCCUCAAAUUUCCUCUGCCUCAAGUGAUUGCAGUGGAUAAGUUUGCAUGGAGAACAGACGAAGAAUUUGCGAGAGAGAUGUUGGCCGGAAUAAACCCGGUUAUGAUCCGCCGUCUCGAAGAAUUCCCACCAGCAAGCAAGCUAGACCCAAAAGUCUACGGUGAUCAAACCAGCACAAUAACAAAAGAACACAUUGAAAGUAAUUUGGAAGGCCACACAAUUAAUGAGGUAAUCCGAGAAAGGAAGUUAUUCAUAUUGGAUCACCAUGAUGCACUAAUGCCAUACCUGAGAAGGAUAAACUCCACUUCUACAAAGACUUAUGCUUCCAGAACACUUCUUUUGUUGCAAAAGAAUGGGACAUUAAAGCCCCUCGCCAUCGAGCUGAGUUUGCCGCAUCCCGAGGGAGAUCAACAUGGUGCCAUAAGUAAAGUUUUUGUCCCCGAAGAAAAUUCCUUGUGGCAACUCGCCAAAGGUUAUGUCGGAGUAGUCGACUCCGGCUAUCAUCAACUUAUCAGCCAUUGGCUACAUACUCAUGCAGUCAUCGAGCCGUUUAUUAUCGCGACGAACAGGCAGCUUAGUGUUCUUCAUCCAAUUUAUAAGCUGUUACAUCCUCACUAUCGCGACACCAUGAAUAUAAAUGCGCUUGGAAGGCAGAUCCUCAUCAAUGCAGGUGGUGCUCUAGAGGUAACAGUUUUUACAUCAAAAUAUUCCAUGGAGUUUUCCUCUAUGCUUUAUAAAGAUUGGGUUUUCCCGGAGCAAGCACUACCUCAAGAUCUUCUCAAGAGAGGAGUGGCUGUUAAAGAUUCAAGUUGCCCACACGGCAUUAAGCUAUUGAUCGAGGAUUACCCUUUUGCAGUUGAUGGACUAGAAAUCUGGUUCGCCAUCAAGAUAUGGGUUGAAGACUAUUGCAGCGUUUACUACAAGGACGAUGAGUCAAUCAAGAAAGACGCAGAACUCCAAUCUUGGUGGAAGGAAAUAAGGGAGAAGGGCCAUGGUGACAAGAAAGACGAGCCAUGGUGGCCAAAGAUGCAGACACGUGAGGAGCUCAUUGAAACAUGCGCCAUCAUUAUAUGGACCGCUUCGGCUCUUCAUGCCGCCAUCAACUUCGGACAGUAUCCGUACGGAGGCUACCCGCCGAACCGUCCAGCCAUAAGUAGCAAAUUGGUGCCGGAAAAAGGAACGCCCGAGUAUGAUGAACUGUUGGCGAAUCCUGAUAAGACUUAUCUGAAAACAUUCACUUCACAGUUCAAAGCUGUUCUUGGAAUUUCACUUGUGGAAAUCUUGUCUAGGCAUUCUAGUGAUGAGGUGUACUUAGGGCAGAGAGACACUGAAAAUUGGACGUCGGAUGCUGACGCGUUAGAAGCGUUUGCCAAGUUCGGGAAGAAGAUUGAAGAUAUUGAGGAAGGGAUGAAGAGAAUGAACAAUGAUGAGAAACUGAGGAACAGAUAUGGACCUGUUAAGAUGCCCUACACUUUGCUUUAUCCUUCUAGUGAAGGUGGACUAACUGGAAGAGGGAUUCCAAAUAGUGUCUCAAUCUAAACUUGUGCCUAGAGGGCUUAUAGCUAUGUUAUGUUAUUUGCUUGACUUUGAUGGAUCUAUCAGAUAGUGUCUUAAUUAUCAAAUCCUUUCAAUUUCAAUGGGUGUGUCUGCUGUGCUCCCUCUUAGUCCCCUUCUAGCAAUUGCAGUAGCCUGUUUAGCUGGUCAAUGUUAUUUUUAAUUCUAUUUAUCUGAUCCAAUGGUUGCCGCUUGGCAUGGCUUGUUCUUCA